CCGAAUAUUUUGGAUUUAAGCCCAGACCUGGGAUUUGAUAGGCAUAAACAGAAGACUGUGCAGAGAGAAAGAUGUGGAAGACUUCCCUGCUGCCCAAGGCCCUCACUCUGGGGGUCCUGUGCUUCCUAAUUUCAGUCAAAGGGCACAAGGCAGAUGACCUCAUCAGGACCACCGAGUCUGGACAGGUUCAAGGGACUCAAAUCAGCAUCAAGAAGCUUGACAAAAGUGUUGAUGUUUUCCUGGGAAUCCCCUUUGCCAAACCACCCAUUGGGGCCCUGAGGUUUUCCCCUCCCCAAGCCCCUGACUCCUGGAACAAUGUGAGAGAUGCGACUUCUUACCCACCCAUGUGUUUGCAGGAUGGCCGUAUGCAAGAAAAUAUGGGAAAGGCCUUGAAAAUAAAACUCCCCAAGGUUGCCAUUUCUGAAGACUGUUUGUACCUCAAUAUCUAUGUUCCUGGCAACACAAAGGAAGGGGACCGAUUACCAGUGAUGGUAUGGAUCCAUGGCGGUGCUCUCAUUUGUGGCUCAGCUUCUGCUUAUGAUGGCUCGAUAUUGUCUGCAUCCCAGAACAUGGUGGUGGUCACUAUCCAGUACAGGCUGGGUGUUCUCGGAUUCUUUAGCACUAAUGAUGAGCAUGCACCUGGCAACUGGGGUUACCUGGAUCAGGUAGCUGCCCUACAGUGGGUCCAGAAGAACAUUGCCCACUUUGGAGGAGAUCCUGGCCGUGUGACCAUCUUUGGAGAGUCUGCAGGAGGAAUCAGCGUCUCCUCACAUGUUCUGUCCCCCAUGUCCAAAGGUUUGUUCCACAGAGCAAUCAUGGAGAGUGGUGUGGCCAUCCUUCCUGGACUGAUUGCUUCCAGUUCUGACACAGUCACAAAUCUUGUUGCCAAUCUGUCUGCUUGUGAGAGAUCCAGUUCUGCCUCCAUGGUUCAGUGUCUUCGAAGCAAAAGUGAGGAGGAAAUGCUGGCCAUGACCAAGCUUUUCAAGAUAAUCCCUGGAGUAGUUGAUGGGAAAUUCUUGCCCAGACAUCCUGAAGAGUUGUUGGCUGCAGGAGAGUUCCACCAUGUCCCUUGCAUCAUAGGUGUCAAUAACCAUGAAUAUGGUUGGAGUAUUCCUGCUGAGUUGGGCAUUUCUGAACUUAAAGAAAAGAUGGAUAAAGGAGAUAUCCAAUCAACAGUGCAAGGUCCACUUUUGGGUAUUCCUCCUGAGCUUGGCCAUUUGAUGAUUGAGGAGUAUUUAGGAGAUAUUGAGGAUCCUAGAGAACUUAGAGUUCAGUACCAGGAAAUGAUGGGGGACUGGAUGUUUGUUAUUCCUGCCCUCAAAGUGGCUAAAUAUCAACACAGUUCCAGCUCUCCAGUCUACUUCUAUGAAUUUCAGCAUCGACCAAGCCUGUUUAAAGACAGCAAGCCAGAUUUUGUGAAAGCAGACCAUGGCGAUGAGCUGCUUUUUACCUUUGGAUGGUCUCUUUUAGGUGAUACCACCGAAGAGGAAAAAGUCCUGAGCCAUAAGAUGAUGAGCUACUGGGCCAACUUUGCCCGCCAUGGGAACCCAAAUGGUGCAGACUUAUUGCAAUGGCCAGCCUAUGGCCAGAACGAAGAGUAUAUGCAGCUGAAUUUGCAGUUGUCUGUGGGAAAGAGCCUGAAGGGGAAUAAGUUAGAGUUCUGGACCAAGACCGUACCCCAGAAGAUGAAGGAAUCACUGCUCCAAAAGGGCCGGAUGGAGUUGUGAUUCCUGAGCCUAACCAUUCUUGCAAUCGUUGCAUUUGGAUAACACAGAAGCAUUUCCUUUGAGGAGUUCCAUAGGCCUAAUGAAUGCAUUUGGGCCAAGUAUUUUCAUUCCUGCUAUUGGAGAAGAAUUUAACCAAUAUAAAGAAAGAAAAGGCAUUUUUAUGGUGCCUACUAUGCACCAGGCACGGUGCUAAGUAAGCACUUUUACAAAGAUUAUCUCAUUUGAAAGGGCCCUUCCAGUCCUGGGACAGUGAGACUGUGAGGAGACCAACCAGUCCACUGAAUCACUAAAGACAAAAUCCCUCCUUCAAUCAGACAAUUAUAAAGAAAUUAUUUCAUUCUUUGUCUUUGUAUCCUCAGGGCACAGAAUGAAUCUGCCAGUUAGUAGAUGAAAAAUUACUGCUUCUUGAUUGAGUGGUUACGAGAUGGCAGAGACAUUAGAAAUCAUUGAACAAGAGUGAACACCGAGGCCCAGAGAAGGGAAAGGUCUUGGCCAAGGUGGUGCAGACACUAAGUAGCCAGAUCCCCUACCUCCAAAUCUAAGGCUCUUUUCAGUACCUUGAGCUGCUUCUAGGGACAACUUAGAAGAGGACCCAUCUGUUUGCGCUUUAUUGAUUAGUAAACAGUUUCUAUACAACUUUUUUGUAAGGAGAUAACAUGAUGCAUUGUGGGUCCUGAAAAUAAAACUUCAAGAUAAUCAAAUCAAUUAAAUUUUUUCCCCUUUCUGUCUUAGUAUCAAGUUCUAAGACACAAGAGCAACAAAGGCUAGGUAGUUGGGGUUAACUUGUCUUAAGUGACUUGUCCAGGGUCAUACAGCUAGGAAGUAUCUGAGGCCAGAUUUCAACCCAAUUCAAGUGAUUACUUAAAAAGGAGUAGCAUGGAAAGCUAUAUUUGAGCCCAAACUCAAGAUGAUUCUUCUACAUCUAUAUUUUUAUCCAAAAAAAAGUUUCUGUACUGUAAUAGUCUAGGCCAACAAGAUAUUUCACAACAAUAAUACAUUUUACUAACCGGAUAGGGCAAGGGUAUGUUGGUAAAUGUUUAAAAGCCAGCUCUCUGAAAACACAUCUUAAAGUUUUCUUAUUCACAUUUUCCCUAUUGCUUAUUUAAGUCUAGAAAUCAACAAAACAAUGAGCCAAACCCAAAUUUGUAAUAGUUGCCAAUUUCUGAGGUAUAAAUGCUCACACCAAAAAUUUAACAGCCAGCUCUAGUACAGAUUGUUUCUAGCACAUCUGUGGACACAGAGACAUCUGAAGGAAAAUAUUCACUUUAUUAAGAAAAAUUCAGGUCUGGGAAAUUAAAACUUUUUAGUCACUAUGAAGAUUCUGCUUAAGAAAAUAAGACAGUUCAUCUAUGGUUCAGACAACUAAAUCUGGAGUGUGUAGGGUGUAGGGCAGUGAUGGUGAACCUUUUAGAGACAGAGUGCUAGGUCUUGCUGCCAUCCUACCCCCUCCCCAGACAGCAUGUCAUAUCCCUCGCCUGUCAAGUGCUAGGUUCCCCUUGCCCCUCUCUUACCCCACACAGGAUAGGGAGGAAGCAUUCCCAUUGGGCUGCUGGGCAGAGGGGUGAGUGCAGUGAGGAAUGCCCCCAGCAAGUGUAGAGAAGGGGAAGGGAGUGGCCCAAGCUCUCUGCUCCCCUUCAGCUCUGCUGCCUGUGAGAUCCCCACCUUCCCCCUCUGUGUGCUACCAUUGACCUGCUAGGCAGAAGGGUGGGGGAUAAGAAAAAAUGUCAUUGGGCAUGGUGGAUGGGGGGGGGGGCGGAGCAGGUCUGCUUGAAUCCACCUGCCUUUCUAGUAAUAAACUCUGAGGGAUGGGGCAGCAUGUACCCACCUUUGGCAGCCAUGCUAUAGGUUCCUCAUCACUGGUGUAGAGUGUAGGCUACCAUAUCUGAACCUUUGCAAUAACCUUCUGGUUAGUUUCCCUUGCCUCAGUUUCUUCCCACUCCAGUCCUUCCUCUGCUAUAGGUUGACCACAUCUCCCUUCUCUGUAAUAAACUCUAGUGGUCCCCUCUUACUUGUAGGAUCAAAUAUAAAUCCCUUGGCUUCAGAAUUUGGGGCCUCCAAAAAUAACCAGAAAAAAGAAUUUGAGCCCUCCCUGCCUUUUCUUACAUUGUAUCUUCUUUUAUGUACUCUUCCAUUCAGUGAUAUUGGUCUCUUGGAAGGGUCUCUUUUUUCUUUCCAUACAGGUGUAGUUCCAGUAUGUGUGAGGCUGGAUAUGGUGGAGCUGUUCUAUUUCCAGACAUUUAGACCCAGCCCCUGGAAGAGAAUUCCCACUUUAAACAGAGAGAAUCUGUUCAUCCAUUUAGGCCUCCCCAGAGAACCCCAUCAUCAUCUAGAGAUACCUUGUCAGGGAAAGGGAGUAGAGGAGAGGCAUGAGAUUUCCUAUAACAGGAGCCACAUGGUCUCAAUGAGAUUACCACCUGGUCCUAGAGCUGGCAGCAUUCAAGUGUAGGUGUCUAGUGGCAAGAUUUCCUUGAAUGGAGCCUCCUGAAGUAUUGCUUUGAUUUAAAAAAAAUACCCUUACCUUUUGUCUUAUAAUUGAUAUUAAAUAUAGGUUCCAAGGCAAAAGAAGAGUAAAGGUUAGGCAGUUGCAGUGACUUGCCUAAGAUCACAUAGCCAGGAACUAUCUGAGGCCAAAUUUGAACUCAGGACCUACCUUCUCCAGGCCUGAUUCUCUAUCCACUGAACCACCUAGCUGCCUUCUUGGAUUGCUUGGGUUUAGCCUCAGAUUCUUUGACCCUACUUCAUAAUACUGCCUUCUGAUUCAUUCUUUUUUCUUUCCUAUUUGCUCUACAUGGAGAUGAAUAAAUUAUACCCCAUUUAGCCUUUUC